AUGAAAGUUAAUUUAGACGGUGUUUAUUAUGCAGCCAAAUAUGUGGGACCAAUUUUUGAAAAGAAUGGAAGAGGAUCAUUCAUCAUUACUGCUUCUCAAGCUGGACAUUUAGUCACAGUUCCUAUUGCCCAAGCUGCCUAUAAUGCAAGCAAAGCAGCUAUUAUUCAAUUGGGAAAAUCAUUAGCAAUCGAGUGGGUUCGAUUCGCAAGAGUUAAUACCAUAUCUCCAGGCUACAUUUUAACCGAGAUUGCAAAACAUGUUCCAUUCGAUGUCAAAUCAAAGUGGUGGCCCUUAAUUCCAAUGGGGAGAGAGGGCUCUCCACAAGAAUUGGUGGGUGCAUUCUUAUAUUUUGCUUCUGAUGCAUCCACAUUUACUACUGGUGCAGACUUGAUAAUUGAUGGUGGGUACACUGUCCCAUAA